CUCAGUCAAAACUAAUGCUGUAUUUGUAAAUAAUGCUGACAAAAUCAUUGUUAUUCCGAAAGAAAUUUGUACUUAUAAAAUGUGUGAGAGUAUUCAAACAAAUAAGGUUUUAUACGUGUAAUAACUAUUUUGUGACAACACCAAUUUUCUACGUAAAUGCAGAGCCACAUAUUGGACAUUUGUACACAGCUGUUCUUGCAGAUUCUGUUGCUAGGUGGCAUGAAUUAAAGGGAGGUAAUGUCAUUUUUACCACAGGAACAGAUGAACAUGGAUUAAAGAUACAACAGGCAGCUGAAAAAUUUGGUUUAUCACCAGAGCAACACUGCACAAAUAUUUCAAAGAAGUUCAGGGAUUUAUUUAAUGUAACAGAUAUUAAGUAUACAGACUUCAUAAGAACUACAGAAAAUAGACAUAAAGAAGUAGUCAGUCAUUUCUGGCAAACCCUUAUAAAGAAUGGUUAUAUUUACAAAGGUGUUUAUGAAGGAUGGUAUUCUGUGGCCGAUGAAGCGUAUUUAUCAGAAAAUGAAGUAAUUGACAUACUUGAUAAAGAUGGGAACAACAUAAAGGUUGCCUAUGACAGUAGGCAUCCUGUUGUUUGGACCAAAGAAGAUAAUUAUAUGUUUAAAUUAUCAGCAUUUAAAGAUGGUUUGACAGAAUGGCUUGAUCGUGGAGUGAUCCACCCACAGAAAUUUGAAGUGUUGGUAAGGCAGUGGGUCGAUGACUUAGGGGAUUUAUCAGUAUCAAGACAAAGGAAUCGAUUGACUUGGGGUAUACCAGUGCCUGGUGAUGAUACACAAACAAUAUAUGUAUGGUUAGAUGCUUUAGUAAAUUAUCUAACUGUAUCUGGUUAUCCAAAUGAAUCACAUGACUGGCCACCUGAUUGUCAUGUGGUUGGAAAAGACAUUUUAAGAUUUCAUGCCAUCUAUUGGCCAGCCUUUUUACUCGCAGCAGGUCUCCCACUUCCAAAAAGAAUUCAAAGUCAUUCUCAUUUCCUGGUGGAUAAUACUAAAAUGUCCAAAAGUACAGGGAAUGUUGUAGAUCCAUUUGAUAGAAUAAACAGAUACACCUCAGAUGGAUUACGUUAUUUCUUGUUGAAAACUGGGGUACCACAUGCAGAUUGUAAUUACAGUGAUCAUAAAGCAUUAGAUUGUCUGAACAAUGAUUUAGCAGAUAAGCUAGGAAAUCUGUUGAAUAGAUGUACCAGUAGGAAAAUAAAUACAAACUUUCCUGAUCUUUUUCCAGCUCUCAAUCAGGAAAUUUUGGAAAGCAAGUUUUCUCCUGAAGAUAUAAAAAUGUACAAAUCAUUACAGCAACUACCAGAUUUGCUUGAUGAACAUUACAAUGAGUACAAUAUAUACAAAGUGAUAGAAUGUGUAAUGAUGUAUAUAAAAUGGGCCAAUAAACUUAUAGCAGACAAUAAACCAUGGCAACUUAAAAAGAAUCAGGAGGAUCUACAGUUCUUAAAAUGCCUGAUACAUGUAGUGAUGGAAACAUUAAGAGUCAAUGGCAUCAUUCUACAACCUAUUGUGCCUAAUUUAACUGAUCAAUUGUUAGGAAGAUUAGGAAUUCCUAGCAAUGAAAGAAUGGUGAAAAAUAUUCACUUUGGAAGUAAAGAAAUAAGUGAAAGAAGAUUAGGAGAAUCUCAUGGGGUUUUGUAUCCAAAAAUAGUAACAUCUAAUAAACCAUCUUGAAAAUUGA